AUGGUCCUAACACGCAGUCGAGCGAAAGCAGCAGCGGCAGCUCCUGCAGCUCCUCUCCCUCAGUUACCGCCACCGCCAUCUCCGUCACCACCACCAACACCCCCGAGCAUCCUACUCCGCCUGUCUUCCCCUCCUCCGCGCCAACCCCGUAGCUGGUCAUGGCCGUUAGAUCCUGCAGACUACAGGGCAAGACGAGGCUCCAGUAGCAGCGGAUCCUCUCUGCGAACUCCAUCCAGCUCAGAUGACGCAUCAAAUGCCGGAGAUGACCCGCAUGACGACGACGAUGGCCGUGAGCCAGAAGUUGCAGAUCUUCCACCUCGCCCAGUCCAUUUUCCCUCGCUUCUACACCGGCGCGUGCUAGGAACUAUUCUGGUCGCUCUGACAUUGUUCAUGUCCUCCUACUUCUUUCGACCUCCGGAAUUCUCUGUCCUCCCUUCAUGUCAGGUCCACGGCAAUCCCAAUGGCAUCCCACCGCGUGGCCAGCGGCUAAGCGUUUCGCGUGCCCUUCAACCCGCAUCUUCGCUCCUUCACGACAUCCUCGGCGGCCGGAUGACCGAAGUUGACCCAAAAGGCGACAUGUACGACAUGCUUGAUCUCUUCAAAGACGACCCAAGACUGGAAUCGACGUUUUACAAGCUCAAGACAUUAGCUUCCGAAACCAAAGGGGCGCGGAGUGUCUUGCGAGAGGACUACGCGCAAUAUCUGACGAAACGACUGGGUGUGCCUACAGGCUACACCCAAUACCGAGACUCGCUCGUGACGGAACUUGCUUGCGGACGCAGUCUUUGGUCCCGGUUUCGCCCCCAAUGUCAAUUGCGACCCCCUGUCGACCAUCUACAUCGGUCGUUCGUGGAGUUCCUGAAGAUAGUCAACAGCGAAAUUGGGCCUCAGUUCGUAGCGGAUCUCAACAUACCGGAAUCACGCCUUCACGACGCGGCGCACACGUGUCUCGGGCCUGUUAGGAAGAUGCUCUACUCUACACUAUGGGAUCUAUCUCGAAUGGAGCCCCUCGGGCCGGAAUACGAGCCACUACUUCUAUACCUGCGCACCCUCGAAACCGACACGACUGUCCUCGACGGCGCCCUUUUCAUCGCCGCUCGGCAAAUACAUGUCUUACGCCAACUCAUCCCAACAUACAGGCGCUUCCUUGUAGCCAAGCUCGCCCGGCGUUUAAAUCUCCCGGCAUCCUCCUCUUCGGGGGCGUGGAGUCUAGGCCAAAUCGUCGGCGGUCUCUCCAAGAGCCAACUCCCGCGUCUGACUGGCGACAAUGCCAUGCUCCUCUACAAAGAGAUUCUAGACGACUACUUCACCCUUUUCCCCGCUAUGCUAAACCAAGCCGGCCGGAUGGUUGUCCGAGAGUCUCUACGGCAGUGGAACCUCGAGAAGUUCGAGCAUACGAUUGUGGAGAGGGAUACAUCAGCCGAAGCCAACCGCUCGACUUUUGUGCCUACUGGUACGAGCGUGGGCUGCUCGACUCACCGCUCCGCAUUCCUACGAUGGUGGUUCGACGAGUGGACGGAAGGCGGACUGCUGCGACCGGAUCUCCUCUACGCGCCGGAUAUGUUCUUCCACCUGACUAAUGGCAAGCGGCUGCAUAGGCUGGAUCAGAAGGAGAAGAGACAUCACUACGGCAUUCGAUCAGAUGGAACUUUUGGCGCAAUCGAUCCCAAGUCGGAGUACGUUGUCUUCCAUGUCGAUACGAGAGAAUAA